CGCCCCCCGCCGGCCAUGGCAGCGACGCCCCAGGUCUCGGCCGUCAUCUUCGACCUCGACGGCACGCUCCUAGACACAGAGAAGGCGACAAGGGACGUCCUGAACGAGUUCCUGGCGGCGUAUGGGAAGGUCCCAGACAAGGAGAAGGAGGAGAGGAGGUUGGGGCAGAUGUACAGGGAGUCCACCACCGGGAUCAUCGCCGAUUAUGGGCUGCCGCUCACCGUAGAAGAAUAUGCGGAGGCGAUAUACCCGUUGUACCUGAAAAGGUGGCAAAAGGCAAAGCCACUUCCUGGAGUCGAAAGGCUUGUCAAACAUCUUCAUAGGAAUGGAGUGCCGCUAGCACUUGCUUCAAAUUCCGUCAGGAGAAAUAUCGAUCACAAACUUUUAAAAUUAGGAGAUUGGAAAGACUGCUUUUCUGUGAUUCUUGGUGGAGAUCAGGUCCCUCGUGGAAAACCUUCCCCUGACAUAUUUCUGGAGGCCGCGAAAAGACUUGGUGUAAAUCCAUCAUCAUGUUUGGUCAUAGAAGAUUCUCUUGUCGGAGUUCAGGGUGCCAGGGCUGCUGGGGCAAAGGUAGUUGCUGUUCCAUCACUCCAAAGUCAAAGGCGGCACUACUCAAUUGCUGAUGUCAUCCUCUACUCACUGCUGGACUUCCAUCCUGAGUUGUGGGGUCUUCCUCCAUUUGAAGAUCGCAUUCAAGGUGCUUUACCUAUUGAACCAUUAUUCUUGAGUGCCCAGGUAGGCCAUGCAAUUUCAAAGAGUCUUCAUAUGGUAAUAGAAGGUGACUGUACCUACGAAUAUGUUCCUGAUCAAAUAUCGGGAAUUUACUUUGGCUGGGCCAAGUUAGAAGCAGGCGGAGUCUCUAGGGCGGUCAUCAGCAUUGGAUGGGACCUUUCACUGAGGACUAUUGAAAGAGUGAUGCACAUAUAUUUCCUUGAUUCCUGCUGUAAGAUAACAACGGAGGAGACCCUGAAGCUGCUGUUAGUAGGGUACAUCCGGAAGCUACAAUGCACGGAAAGUACAUCACAAGCAUUGACCUUAACUGUCGAAGAUCAAGCCAUUGCAAGAGAUGCAUUGGGCCUCCCAGUUUUUUCUGAAUAUGCAAAGUUAGAAAAUGGCCUUCUUCAGUUCUUCUCUCCUGACAUACCAUCGUAAGAAGUUCUCUGCCAAGGUUUAUUACUCAAUUAGCAAGCGAAGAUGCUGGUAUAUUCCUUGAAUUACAGCAGUAUAGGAAUCGCUUGCAGAUAAUAGCUGCAGGAAGGAAGCUUAGAUCUCAUUUAACCGCUCGAAAUUGUCAUUUGAAAAUAUUAUACAGGGAUAGAAUAAACAGGAUAGGGAUUGGGGAUUUGGGGCUCCUAUGAGGAGACACGUUAUUGAGAUCACGGUUACACCGAAACACAUUGUAGUACACAUUUGUUUUAUCCUUCUGUUCCGCUUGUGUAGGGUAGAAUAAGUUUGUGCUCAUAGCCUCAUAGGUGCAGAAAGUGAGGAAAAAAGCUCUGUAAUGAUUAUUCAUAAAAAAAUACUUUGAUUUAUCUUCUGAAUUUGAAGAAUGAAUUAAGUGCAUGUUUAGAAAA